AUGCCUUCCGCCGAGUCGAAACCCAGGACCUUGUAUGACAAGGUUUUCCAGGACCACAUCGUCAAUGAGCAAGAUGAUGGAACUUGCUUGAUCUACAUUGACCGACACCUUGUUCACGAGGUUACAUCCCCACAGGCCUUCGAGGGCCUCAAAAACGCUAGCCGCACCGUCCGCCGGCCAGAUUGCACUCUGGUUACAGUUGAUCACAACAUUCCCACCUCUUCACGGAAAAGUUUCAAAAACGCCGCGGACUUCAUUAAGGAGAAUGAUUCGCGUCUCCAAUGCACAACCCUGGAGGAGAACGUGAAGGAUUUUGGCCUCACAUACUUCGGUAUGGGCGACAAGCGCCAGGGUAUUGUCCACAUUAUUGGCCCGGAGCAGGGUUUCACUCUGCCCGGCACGACUGUUGUCUGCGGUGACAGCCACACCUCCACACACGGUGCUUUCGGUGCCCUUGCGUUCGGUAUUGGAACCAGUGAAGUCGAGCAUGUCCUCGCAACCCAGACCCUCAUUACCCGCCGCAGCAAGAACAUGCGCAUCCAGGUUGAUGGCGAGCUGCCCGCUGGUGUCACCAGUAAGGACGUCGUUCUCCACAUCAUCGGUGUCAUUGGUACUGCUGGUGGUAACGGUGCUGUUAUUGAGUUCUGCGGAUCCGUCAUCCGUGGACUGAGCAUGGAAGCCCGUAUGUCAAUGUGCAACAUGUCCAUUGAGGGUGGUGCCCGUGCCGGUAUGAUCGCACCCGACGAGAUCACUUUCGAAUACCUCAAGGGCCGUCCUCUGGCCCCCAAGUACGGAAGCGCAGAGUGGAACAAGGCCACCAGCUACUGGUCCAGCCUGAAGUCGGAUGCUGGCGCUAAGUACGAUAGCGAGAUCUUCCUUGACGGCAAGGAUAUCAUUCCCACCAUCUCAUGGGGUACUUCUCCCCAGGACGUCGUCCCAAUUACUGGUGUUGUCCCCGGCCCCGAUGACUUCGAGGAUGAGAACCGCAAGACCUCUUGCAUCCGUGCUCUCGAAUACAUGGGUCUUGUCCCUGGUACGCCCAUGAAGGAUGUUGUGGUUGACAAGGUCUUCAUUGGAUCUUGCACCAACGCUCGUAUUGAGGAUCUGCGUGCCGCAGCUAAGGUCGUUAAGGGCCAUAAGAUUGCCUCCAACAUCAAGCGCGCUAUGAUCGUCCCUGGGUCUGGUCUUGUUAAGGAGCAGGCUGAGUCCGAAGGUCUCGACAAGAUCUUCACCGAUUCCGGUUUCGAAUGGCGUGAGGCUGGCUGCUCUAUGUGCCUGGGUAUGAACCCAGAUAUCCUGUCCCCCAAGGAGCGCUGUGCUAGUACCUCCAACCGUAACUUCGAGGGUCGCCAGGGUGCCCAGGGCCGUACUCACCUCAUGUCCCCCGCCAUGGCUGCCACUGCUGCCAUUGUCGGUAAGCUCGCCGAUGUUCGUGAGCACGUUGUUUCCAGCCCCAUCCUCGGAAAGGCCUCCCCUAAGGUCGACGUCCAGCCUGUCUUCGAAUCCCCCGCGACCGAGGACGAACUCGACCGUCGGCGGUGGCAAGAGCACCGGUCUUCCCCCUUCACCGCCCUGAAGGGUAUCGCCGCGCCUCUGGAUCGCGCCAAUGUCGACACUGAUGCUAUCAUCCCCAAGCAAUUCCUCAAGACCAUCAAGCGCACUGGUCUCGGUACCGCACUGUUCUACGAGCUCCGCUACACCGACGACAAGGAGAACCCCGAUUUCGUCCUGAACCAGGGAAUUUACCGUGACUCCAAGAUCCUGGUUGUCACCGGUCCCAACUUCGGUUGCGGUAGCUCCCGCGAGCACGCCCCCUGGGCUCUGCUUGACUUCGGUAUCAAGUGCAUCAUCGCCCCCUCCUUCGCCGACAUCUUCUUCAACAACACCUUCAAGAACGGCAUGCUGCCCGUCGUCGUUUCUGAUCAGGUUGCUCUGCAGAAGAUCGCCGAUGAGGCCCGCGCCGGCCGUGAGGUCGAGGUCGACCUUGUCAACCAGGAGAUCAAGGAUGCCCAGGGUAACAAGAUCACUGGCUUCGAGGUCGAGGAAUUCCGCAAGCACUGCCUUGUCAACGGUCUGGAUGAUAUUGGUCUUACUCUCCAGAUGGAGUCUAAGAUCCGCGUUUUCGAGUCCAAGCGUACCCUUGAUACCCCCUGGUUGGAUGGCAGUGCCUACCUCCGUCGUGACCGUCGUGGUGCGACUAUGGUCGAGGCUGCCCCCGUUCCCAAGACCAACCGUGGUGAUGUGAAGGACGAGCCUCUUGAGUGGUAA